UGUUUAUCCAACUAGAUCUGUAAAACUAUUACGGUACUUAUCAAGAUAUUGUGGUUGAUCUGUAACAUAGUGAGUUUAGUUAGAACUUUGCAAUCUCCUGGAACUGGAACAAUGAAUUUAACUCUUGAUGAUUAUGACUUGAAGCACUGUGGGAAAAUGAUGAUGGCACUGAACGAACAAAGAGAAAGCAAAGGCCAUAGUGACUUCGCAAUUAUGGUCGGAGAUGAAACAAUACCAGCACACAGAAAUGUUCUGUCAGCAGGAUCAGAUUAUUUCCGUGCAAUGUUGUCACAUGAAAAUGUUGAGAGCAGCACUGGCAUUGUUGCAAUGAAACAAGUUCAAUACUCAAGUGUGAAAACUUGCAUCAAUUAUAUUUACACUGGUAAUUUUCCCACCCCUGGCCGUGAGGAACGUGAACAAUUGAUGUUUACUGCUCAUAUGCUCCAGUUACAAGGUAUGUGUGACAAAAUUGCUGUAUCUCUCGAGGAAGAACUGAGUCCAGAAUCGUUCUAUUCUACAAAAAUGAUCGCAAACACUUUCAACUGCACUGGUUUAGUUGAAAGUUGCAAUAAAUAUGCUCUGGAGAAUUUUCAAGCAAUAGCUGCUGAAGAUUAUUUCAAACAUUUGGACAAAGAUUAUGUUUCCGCUCUGGUGGGAUCAAAAGAGGUCAAUGCCUCUGAAGCUGUCAAGUGCAAAGCCUUGAUUAUCUGGACUAACUUCGAUUCAGAGACCAGGGCAUCAACAUUUGGAGAAUUAUUUGAAAAUCUGGAUUUAACAAAAAUAUCAAGAAAAUAUCAAAAGUUUCUGGUGGAGAAAGAGCCGUUGGUCUUUGAUUCUGCACGUUGCCUCAGAGCACUUUUGAAGAUUUUCACUGGUGAAUCACACGUUGUGGCUGAAGAUAUUGACAUCAAAGAUGUCAAGCGGACUACCGUAAUUGCUGUUUUUGACAAAAAUUCAAAAGCAAUUCAAGCAUUUAAUCCAAAGAUAAAAACUUGGACAAAACUGCAGGGCAUCAGUGAUGAAUUUGUUGACAAACACUUCACAGCAAUUGUUCUUGGUAACAUCAUCUAUGUUAUUGUGUUUGAUGGAACCAAUUAUCAAUUGAAUUAUACCGAUAAUAAUGCUACAUGGGUUAGACUGACAGAUCGGGGGACGGCAAAGAACCGUGUAGAUGCUGUUGUAUUUGAAGGUUCAAUCUAUGCUUUUGAUGAUUCUGGCAAAACUAGCAAAACAGUCGAGAAAUUUGAUCCAUCUGAUGGAACUUGGUCUCAAGUCACUUGUAAACAUGUGGAAGGAUAUUGUACGUCAAUAGUUGAUGCAGGAGGCUUCAUUUACUGUAUUGGAGGGUUUAAUGGUGAGCAUAUGUCGAAUGCUAUAAAAUUUAAUCCAUCAGAUUCAACGUGGACGACACUUACUUCAAUGCCGACUGCAAGAAAUGGUGCAGCAGCAGUUGAACUUUAUGGAAAGAUUUAUGUCGUGGGUGGAUACAACAAUAGCUACUUGAACGUUGUGGAAUGCUUCGACACAGUUGCUGAAUCAUGGACCACUGUUGCCAGAUUAAACAAUCCAAGAUCAGUAUUCAAAGCUUGUGUUGUCGGAGGAAAUAUAUUUACUCUUGGAGGGAAUAAUUCCAAGAAUACAAUAGAAGAAUAUGAUCCCGCUGUAGACUCUUGGAAAGUUGUUGAAACAAUGGACGGGAAAGACAUUCAGACAUGGGCUUCCAUCGCAUUGAAUGUUCCUAGUGACUAAAUAAUUCACGCCACUGCUUUCAACCUCAACCCUUUUUUACACUGCUAUGAUUGACAAUCGCUUCAAUGUUUGAGAAUUAUUACUGAUUUACUUACUCAUACUACAUGCUUGAGUUUUCAAUCGAUCAAUAAUUUUUGCUCUUUUAGUAUGAAUUGCAAUUGUAAUUAUAAUUUGUUUAAGGAAUACUCAAAACUUUUCGAAUGAGCUAAUCUACUCAAGUAAAUAUUAGAACUCGAGAUUAACUUGCAAUUCAUUGUUUAUUUUAAGAAUGAACCGUCUUUUAUGGACCAUGAGGCACAAUUUAAAUUCUUUUCCCUCCUAAAAUCGAUCGUGCGGUCAAUGUACGUAUCAGGUAGUGCUUUAUGUUUUUUGCCUACACUCAACCAGUGCCGGUAUUACUUUAAAAACUGUUGCGUCGCAUAGCCCGAUGCAAGUCAUGUAUGAAUAAAAACCUACUCUAAGCAAUUCAUUGACAUCUUCCCUAAUAACACGGUGCCCCUUAUGGUCCGUAAAAAAUUCAUUGCAUUUGCCUGAUAAUUACUUUGUAAAAUAGAUAUUUCAUUAUCCCGAUGUUUCCUUCAUUAGUUUUACGCAAUAUGUAAUCUUCCAUAGUAUGUAAGAUGGAAAUUAUAAAAAUUUAAACAUGCAUUAUAUCGUGUGUUCCAGCAAUAUUACUUGUCAGAUUUAGACUUUAUUGCCGAUAUUAUUUUUAUGAGAUUUUCAUAUCUGCAGUAUUAACUACGCCUAAGUUAUGAUGCGACUCUUUGUU